AUGGCCAUUCCAGAUCAUGUUGUUGAUUCUACAACUGCUAAUAGUCCUAAUGAAACCCUAAAUUCUAUUCUUAAUUCUGUUAAUGAUUCGCUUUUCUUGGCCAGUUCUGAUCAUCCUGGCAUGAUGCUCACUAAUACACCAUUUAAUGGUGGAAAUUUCUUUGGAUGGAGCAGAACAAUCAAAAUGGCUUUAGAAGCAAAACUCAAAUUAGGGUUCAUUGAUGGUACUACUCCAAAACCAGUGGUUACUGAUGGUAAUUUUGGAAGAUGGACUAGGUGUGACUAUAUGUCUGCUCAAGAAUUAUGGAAAGAGAUUGGUGAAAGGUAUGGACAGAGUAAUGGUCCUCUCAUCUAUCAGGGUGAAAGAGAACUUAGUAAGGUUAGUCAAGGAGAUCUUUCUGUUGCUGCUUAUUAUAAUAAAAUGAAAAGAUAUUGGGAUGAAUUGACUAGUUUGAAUGGAAUUCCUACUUGUGUUUGUGGUAAAAUUCAAGAGUGUACUUGUGGUAUUGCCAAGAAAUAUCAAGAAAUUGAGAGUAAGACUAAACUGAUGCAGUUUUUGAUGAGGUUGAAUGAUGGCUUUGAAUCUGUUAGGAAUCAGAUUAUGUCUAUGGAUCAUCUUCCUAAUAUCAAUAAGGCAUACUAUAUUGUUCAACAAGUUGAAAAACAGAAGCAGGUUACUACUAGUGUGCCAGAUCCUUCUGCUUAUUUUGCUAAACAAGGAUAUAGGAAGGAUCAUAAAACUAGUGAUCAAAUGAAAGUGAAAAACUGUACUUACUGCAAACAAGAUGGCCAUUCAUAUGAGCAAUGUUUUGAAAGGGUGGGAUAUCAUGAAUGGUACAAAGGGAAAAGAAAUAAGAAAGGAAGUAGGAUGGCUGCUCAGGUAGGAGUCGAUCUAGGCAUCAAGGAUUCACCAUUUGAUUGUUCUUAUGAGAAUGAAUUGCAGAAUGAUAAAAAGGGUGAGUUUGAUCAAAAUUUGGUGGCAGCAGUGUGUGCUGAAAUGAUGAAAAUGUUGAUAGGUAAACAGAUAGAAGUUGUCAAUACUGAGGAUGUUGGUACUUCUAAGCCACAUGCAGAUCAUAUGACUCCCCAUUUGCAUUUACUUGAGUCUAUUAGAAUCCUUCCUGUUCCUAUUAAGGUGAAAUUGCCUGAUGGUACUACUAAAUUUGUUACUGAAGUUAGGAAGGUCAAAACUAAUCCCUCUCUUACUCUUAUUGAUGUCUUCUAUGUUCCUGAGUUUCAAAUAAACUUGUUGUCUUUUGGGCAAUUACUCAAAUCUAACCCUUUAAUUGCUAUUUUUGGUCCAAACUGGUUUGCUUUUCAGGACCUUUCCACUAAUCAGUUGGUGACAGUUGGAAAAGGUCACAACAAGCUUUAUGUAUACAAGCCUUCUGAAAGUCUCCCUUCUACAAAUUUCUCUGCUUCAGUUUUACCUUUGGUUAAUAUUUUUGUCAAUAAUUGUAACAACCGUCACAGAAAUGCUUAA